CUAACAAUUUAGCGAUGGAAAACUGGGCAAAAUUAUGUUUUUGCAUGUUUUUUGCAGUUACAGUGUUUACUCAAUUGCAGAGAUAUGGUGCUGCAGUCGAGGCUGGAGAUACUCUUCUGUUGGGCGCCUCGCUUACUGGAAAUCAGACAAUUAUUUCAAAGAACGGCACAUUUGAAUUGGGAUUCUUCAGCCCAACUGGAAGCAACUGGUAUAUUGGCAUCUGGUAUGCCCAAAUACCAGAGAAGACGUAUGUUUGGGUGGCCAAUAGGGCGACUCCAGCGAGAAACCGAUCAGGCGUUUUGAAGCUAUCAAGAGAAGGUAAUCUGGUACUGUUCGAUGCACACGGGGCAUCUAUUUGGUCUGUCAACACAACAAACAAGGCCUCCACGGCUGUGCUAUUGGAUUCUGGUAAUUUUCUAAUGCUCAGUGAGGACAAUGAAUCUGAAACUGUUUGGCAGAGUUUCGACAAUCCUGUAGAUACCUGGUUGCCAGGGAUGGUGUUCGGUGGACAGCAAAAGUUAGUCUCUUGGAAAAAUUCAUUGGAUCCUGCUCCUGGGCUUUUUUCCUUACACACGGAUCCAUCUGGGGCCAAACAAUUGGUGCUGACCUGGGACAAUUCUUUACAGUAUUGGGAGACCGGAACUUGGGACGGCAAAACUUACACUGGCGUUCCAGAAAUGUCAGACAAACGUCGGGUCAAUAUCACCUUUAAUAGUAAUAGUUCAGGUUUUUUUGAAAGUUAUACGUUGGUUCCUCCGUUUAAUGCACUCAUACGUCUCACCUUGACUAAGUUCGGACAAGUGCGAGUGUAUGUAUUCGAUGGCAGUAAAUGGAGCAUGUUCUGGUCUGUGCCCAGAGAUGGAUGCGAUGUAUAUGGUACCUGUGGUGCCUACGGAACUUGCGAUUCCAGAAAUCUUCAGCUCUGCAGCUGCGGAGAAGGCUUCAAACCCAGAGACAAUAGUGCCUGGCUCUCGCAAGAUUGGGCAUCUAGUGGCUGUGUUCGGAAGAGUCUAUUAAGAUGCGAUGCCAUAAAUGGUAGCACUGACAGAUUCAUUGACCUUGGUGUCACUUUGCCUGAUGAUUUCGCUUCUUCAUACCCUGCGUCCACAAAGAAAGAUUGCGAGAAUGGCUGCCUCCGUAACUGUUCGUGCACCACGUUUAGUUUCAAUCCACCUUCAGGACCCUGCCAAAUCUGGUCCGGAGAUUUGCUAAACAUACGCAACUCUACAGCAUCAAAAAGCAAUUCAAAUGUCUUUAUUCGGGUAGGUGCCUCUCAUCUUUCUACGAAACGCAAAAGAACAAGUAGAGUGGGCAUAGUGUUUGGAAUUGUAGGUGCACUCACCUUUGCUUUAGGUAUCUGCUCAAUUUUAAUUUGGCGGAGGCAUCAGCUGCGGUCGAUGGACAAGCCUGCAGAUUUCUCAGACCCUUGUCUCACAAUGUUUAGUUACAAGGAGUUGAAAAUUGCAACGAGGAAUUUCAGGUCUAAGUUAGGGAGGGGAGGAUUCGGCUCCGUGUUUAAAGGAUCUCUACAAGAUGGUACGCUUGUGGCCGUAAAGAAAAUGGAGGGUUCGAGGCAAGAUGAGAAGCAAUUCAGAGCGGAAAUCAGUUCUCUUGGAAGCAUACAACAUGUGAAUUUAGUCAGGCUAAGAGGGUUUUGUGCAGAAGGGUCGCAACGGUUAUUGGUUUAUGAUUACAUGCCCAACGGCUCUCUGAAUUCGUUUCUGUUCACAAGUCCGUCCAAAAGUAAACGGAGGGUACUCGAGUGGAAGAUCCGAUUUGAGAUCGCGUUAGGCACUGCAAGAGGGUUACUUUAUCUCCACGAAGAAUGCAGAGAUUGCAUUAUUCACGGCGAUGUCAAACCCGAAAACAUUCUGCUGGACGGUAAUUUGUCCCCCAAGUUAGCGGAUUUCGGGCUGGCAAAGCUUGUGGGUAGAGAUUUUAGCCGCGUCCUGACCACCACACGAGGAACCAGAGGGUACUUGGCUCCGGAGUGGAUCUUUGGUCUUCCCAUCUCAUCUAAGGUUGACGUCUACAGUUUUGGUAUGACGCUUUUGGAAAUCAUUUCGGGACAAAGAAAUGUAAACUUAAAUGUCCAAGCUUCAAGUAACUUUUACUUUCCUUCAUGGGCUGCAACUCAAGUUCAGCAGGGGAGCACGAUGAAUAUUGUGGAGGAGGGUGUUGCAGCGGAGGCAAACAUGGAAGAGGUGAGAAGAGCAUGUGUUGUAGCGUUGCUAUGCAUUCAAGAGGACGAGGAAGUGAGGCCUAGCAUGGGGCAAGUGGUGCAGAUGCUGGAAGGGAAGAUAGAGCCUCAAACUCCGCAGAUUUCGAGCUCAACGUUUAGGCCAGAACACCCAAGUGACGAAAGCAGCUACAGCCAGGGUAAUGUUACCAGUAAGAAAAAUGUUAAUGGAUCAAUGCAUUCUAAAAUACAGAGGCAUGUUAUUUAAGCUUACAUGUUUUAUUUGUUCUCAAUUUAGUAGUAAUUGUUGCAAAGGUUAUACCAAUAGUAUAGUAUAGGUAAGUUAAUAGG